ACUAUGUCUGGAAGGGGGAAGGGUGGUAAAGGACUAGGAAAAGGGGGCGCAAAGCGUCACCGCAAAGUGCUUCGCGAUAACAUCCAGGGCAUUACAAAGCCUGCAAUUCGACGUUUGGCUCGUCGUGGUGGCGUGAAGCGUAUCUCUGGUCUUAUCUACGAGGAAACUCGUGGUGUGUUGAAGGUGUUUUUAGAGAACGUCAUCCGUGAUGCCGUUACUUACACGGAGCAUGCCAAGAGAAAGACCGUGACUGCUAUGGACGUUGUGUACGCUCUGAAGCGUCAGGGCCGCACUCUGUACGGUUUCGGCGGUUAA